AUGGGGGACCAGCCGCCUGACCCCGAGUACCCCUCCCGCCAGCCCUGGAGCCGGCAGGGUUCCCAGGGCUCGGAGCCGCGGCGCAGCGGGGAGCUCUCGCAGCCCCAGGCCCUGUCGGAGGAGGCGCGGCAGAUGCUGCUGUCCGAGGCGCGGGCCAGCCAGGACAGCCGCUCCAGGCGCCGGCUGCCCCUAAACGAGAACCUGCCCAUGAUGGCCCCGGACGCCCGGGCGACCAGCCUGGAGUACCCCACGGGGCUGGGCUUCCCCCCGGAGUUCCAGGCCCAGGGCUACAUGAGCGAGGGCAGGGUCUCGGCCGGCGAGCACACCACCCAGCUGCUGCUGCAGCAGCUCCAGCAGGGCUCCGGCGGCCUCUUCCAGCAGUUCGUCCCCUACCAGGACCCCCGGGCCAACCUGGGCCAGUUCAGCUUCUACCCGAGGGAAGAGCAGUUCGGCGAGGACACCCCGCACGGGCCCUACCUCAGGGAUGACCCUGCCCUGCCCUUCCUGCCCUCGGACCUGGGCUUCGUGCCUUUCCACGGGGAGAUGCCCGAGCCUCACCGGGAGCUGGCCGUGCAGAACGCCAAGGCCUACUUGCUGCAGACCAGCGUGGGCUGCGAACUCAGCCUGUAUGAACACCUGGUGAACCUGCUGACCAAGAUCCUGAACCAGCGGCCCGAGGACCCCUUGUCCAUCCUGGAGUUUCUGAACCGCACCACGCAGAGCGAGUGGUUCCACCCCAAGGUGGACACGCUGCAGGACGACCCCGAGAUGCAGCCCACCUUCGAGAUGGCGGAGAAGCAGAAGUCGCUGUUCUCGCGCGGCGGCGGCGGGGAGGGCGAGCAGGAGAUGGAGGAGGAGGUGACGGAGACGGUGGUGCCCAACAUCAUGGAGGCGGCCUUCUACUUCCAGCAGGCGGGCGUGGGCCUGAGCGCCGACGAGAGCUUCCGCAUCUUCCUGGCCAUGAAGCAGCUGGCCGAGCAGCAGCCGGUGCACACGUGCCGCUUCUGGGGCAAGGUGCUGGGGCUGAGCCGCAGCUACGUGGUGGCCGAGGUGGAGUUCCGGGAGGGCGAGGAGGAGGCCGAGGAGGAGGAGGCCGAGGAGCUGCUGGAGGGCGGCGACGUGCUGGAGCCGCACAGCGAGGAGGAGGCCGAGGAGGACGAGGAGAAGGCGGCCGCCGCGCCGCCGCAGCCCACCUGGCGGCCGCCGCCCGCCACCCCGCGCGAGGAGAGCCGCACGGGCGCCAACAAGUACCUGUACUUCGUGUGCAGCGAGCCGGGCCGCCCGUGGGCGCGCCUGCCGCACGUGACGCCGGCGCAGAUCGUGCAGGCGCGCAAGAUCAAGAAGUUCUUCACGGGCCACCUGGACGCGCCCGUGCUCAGCUACCCGCCCUUCCCGGGCAACGAGGCCAACUACCUGCGCGCGCAGAUCGCGCGCAUCUCGGCCGCCACGCACAUCAGCCCGCUCGGCUUCUACCAGUUCGGGGAGGAGGAGGGCGACGAGGAGGAGGAGGGCGGCGCGGGGCGCGACUCGUUCGAGGAGAACCCGGACUUCGAGGGCAUCCCCGUGCUGGAGCUGGUGGACUCCAUGGCCAACUGGGUGCACCACGCGCAGCACAUCCUGCCGCAGGUGGGCGCCGGCCAGACCCCCCGGAGGGAGCGCAUAGGGGCUUCCGAGCGAGCCUUCCAGAAUCUUUGCUCGGGUUUCCCGGGGGCGUGGGCGCCUCCCGCCCCAUCUUCCACCUCCUCGUCAUCCUCUUCGUCCUCCUCCUCCUCGUCCUCGUCCUCCUCCUCUCCGUCCUCCUCCUCCUCGGCCCGGCCGGGCCCUCCCCCGGCGGAAGAAGCCAUAGAUUUCCGGGACGAGGGGCCCGAGUGCGAGACCCCCGGCAUCUUCAUCAGCGUGGAUGGGGACUCGGGGCUGAGUGAGGCCGCGCUGCUGGACUCCAGCCUCGAGGGGCCCCUGCCCAAGGAGGCGGCGGCCAGCGGGAAGGAGGAGCGGAGCCCCCAGGCCCUCGCCCCUGCAGCCGACGAGGCCGUGAAGACCCUCAGCCCUGCCGCCGAGGAAGCGGGGGAGCCCGAGGCCAAGGGGCACAGCUGA